AGAUCAAAAUAGAAGGGCAUUUUGUGAAGUCAAACGAUGCCGGGUCACCCUCCUCCACCCGGAGCUCACCGGUCUACAGCACAAUUGUUGGAUCAUCAUUACGAUAAUCCUUCUUUUGUACCUGAAGUUCAGCCAAGAAUUCCCCAAUCUCAACCCAGAUCGAAUCUAGUUUCUGAAGUUCCUCCUCCAAAACCCCACAAUGGAGGUUUGUUUAGAGCGAGAGAAAAAUACGGACCUCCUGGUCAUCAAAAGUAUGGAUUAGGCAAAGAUUACGUUCCAAGGUACAGAACGGAUUACGGUCAUAACCGUUAUGGAAUUAAAAUGGAUUCAAAUGGAAAUCCUAUACCCAGAAGGGUAGACCCUUUUGGUGGUGGGAGACAUCCAGGAAAUUCAAUUUUCAGAAGAAAUCACUUUGCUAAUUUCGGUAGAAUUGGGCGAUACGGUCCACGAAACCUUUGUGGUUGCAGCAGAGGUAUUAUUGCCGCAAUAGUUGGUUCUUUGUUAUUACUUGCAGCAGCGGGUAUUGCUUUGGGCACUUAUUUUGGCAUUAAAGAGGCUACUAAAAGUCCUUUACCCGCGAAUCCAAUGGGUCCUAUACGAUAUUAUCAAUUGAACGGAGCUUUAGUUCCAUGUUGGAUAAGAACAACUACACCAACCACUACAACUCCUGCUCCCACAACAACAGCUCCGACUACAACAAUAAUAACAACAACCGAGCUUACGACCACAGAAGCUACUACAACUGAAGCUACAACGACUGAAGCAACAACAACUGAACCCACAACUACGAUACCAACUACUACAGUUGAGCAGACGACUACUUUAGGGACGACCACUUGCUAUCCUUUUACUACCGAUCCUACAACAACACUUGAACCAACAACAACUGUAAAACCAACAACAACAGUCGAACCAACAACAACAGUUGCACCAACAACAACUGUAAAGCCUACAACUACAGUUGAACCAACUACUCCAAAAGCAACAACACCUAAGUUGACUACCGAACAAAUAACUACCAUGCUAGUUACUACGGAUAAUAGUACCAUUGAUCCAAAUGCUACUGAGCCGACAAAACCCUUUUCGAAUACAACUGAUGAGCUGACGACUAUCGAGACAACUAGAAAACAGACUACUUUAGCUCCUACAACUACUAAGGAACCAACUACAACUGUUGAAGAAACUACAACCGUUAAAGAAACAACUACAACAGUUCGAACCACAACUACACCAACGACAGUAGCACCAGAGACAACAACUCUAACAAGUCCCGAAACUACUUUGUGUAUUUGGGUGACAACGACAGGUACAACGGCCACCACUCCCGAACCAACGACAACAGAAGCAACUACAACAGAACCAACUACAACGGAAGCAACAACCACGGAAGAAACAACCACAACAGAGGAGCCAACGACGACAGUUGAACAAACUACCACAACAACGACUCCUGCUCCAACGACUCCCCCUACGACUCUAAAGUAUUGUGAUGAAUUAACUACGUCUUAUACACUCGUUACUCUUUACCCACUUUCUGCUGGAGCCAUUAUGAAUAGGGCUUUGAAUACUUUCACUUUUGGAAUAUAUAUUGCAGUCAUUUUUAUUGGUUUAAUAUUAUAA